AUGUCACGACGGAGGCGUUCGUCGUACGGGUCGACUCUUCUGCCUUGCUUGCUGUCGAUCUCGCUGUCCGCUCAUGCUUUCAAUCUGGACGUGUACGCUCCGAUCUACAAAUACGGCAAGGAGGACACCUAUUUCGGCUAUGCGGUAGCCGAACACUUCAAGGGUGACGUGCCAGUUGUUCUUGUUGGUGCUCCGCGAGCUGAGUCGGGCCAAGUCGGAACAAGUCAAGCAGGAGCCCUGUUUGCAUGCCCUAUAAAUACGAAAUACUCCGGAAAUACUUCAAAUUGGUGCGAACAAGUUCAUGCUGAGUACGAGAAUGCGUCAUUUUAUCUCAAGUCACCAGAUUCUACUUUAACAGCUCGUGAGGUUCACUACCUGGGAAAGAACGGAGAACUUCUGGGCGCUUCGCUCUCUUCACAAGGUGUUAAAAAAGGAGGAGCUGUAGUCUGUGCUCCGCUGAUGAGAUUCCAUAAUACAAGUGCAUAUACGCAGGGUGUUUGUUACGAGUUGAAUUCCGACCUUUCUUUGAGUGCCACGUACACGAAUUGCCUUCAAAAAAAUCUGCCUAAACUUGAACGUCACAACGAAUAUGGGGCAUGUAUGGAAGGAUUCUCGGCCGCAUAUUCUGGGAACACGUUAGUGACGGGACUGGUUGGCGCAAUGAAGUGGACUGGCGGUGUGUACGCUCGACGGACUGAGGGCGGAAUUUUCGGAACCACGACUGAAAAGUAUACUAUGGCUCAAGAAGAAGGAGGUGUUCGAACUGUACUUGCUGCCCAUGAUUAUCUUGGCUAUUCAGUAGAUGUUGGAAGAUUCGGAUUCUGGUACGAAAAAGGAGAAAGAGCUACGAUAGUUUCUGGCGCCACUCGCUUUGGCCAGCAUGGUGCUGUGAUAUUCAUGCCUUUCACAAAAGAACGCGGAGAUCUUUUGACUUUCAAUGAGGAUAAAUUUCUUUUGAAUGGUACAAAAAUGGGGUCUGCUUUUGGAUACGCGAUUGAAGUUGUUGAUCUGAACAACGACGGUUUCGAUGACCUUAUUGUCGGAGCUCCCUUUGAGCACCGUUCUGACGCAGACGGACAUUUCGGUGGAGUGGUUUAUGUUUAUUAUUCACAGGGGAAGGAACGAAGCAAGAGUGAGUCGCUGAAGGUUUUCCACACUCCUCUGGUUUUGAAGGCGCCAGGAUUUUUCUCUCAGUUCGGCCUCUCAUUAUCUAGUCUGGGAAAUAUUGACGGUGACAAAAAUGGAUUUAAUGAUUUUGUGGUGGGUGCUCCGUUUGCUAAUGAAGGGGAAGGUGCUGUUUAUGUGUAUCUCGGACAGAAGUCCGUGAAAGACUUUAAGACAACUGCUGCUCAGGUCAUUAUGGGUUCCGACUUGCCAAAUCUGCGUCGUCCUGUCAAAUCCUUCGGUUUCUCCCUAUCUGGUGGUUCCGAUCUGGAUGGAAACGGCUAUCCAGAUCUUGUUGUCGGAGCUGUUACUGAAAACUUUGUAACCAUACUGCGAUCCCGUCCUGUGAUCAGCAUAUCGGUGUCGCAUAAGACAAAGAAUAAAUAUAUUGAUAUCGAGAAGGGCAAGAAUUGCCCGCGUGUUUCGCACUCGAUCUGGAAAUUUUCAUUUUUCAAAAGUGAUCUGCAGGUUGUUGCCUUGAAUCAAGGCGUGGAAUUGCGGGCAAACAUAGGUGGAUCUGCUUCAACUAAUCAUAGUUGGCCGUGUGGUCGAGGAGCUCACCGUGGACGUCAAAAGUACACUGAAAUAAUUUAUAUACCUGAGAACGAUAAUUCUGCAAAGGAUUGGAUCAAUCCUCUAAAGUUCCGUUUUACUGUGCGGAUCAUGAAUGAGCGGAAACCAUUUCAACCAGAAGAGGGUCAUCCUAUUGCUGAUCUGAACCACUAUCCUAUGCUUAAUAAGUACGGCGCCAGUUAUGAGUUUCAGAUACCAUUUAACACCAGAUGUGGUGAAGAUCAAGUGUGUCAGACGGAUCUUGUUCUAAAGGCGAUAUUUGUCGACAUUCCAAAGACGGAACAUGGUUACGUGUCAAAUGUUGGUGACAAAGAUUUUGUCGAUAUCACUUUUACGGUAGAGAAUCGGAAGGAAAAGGCUUAUCAAGCAGCAUUAUUUCUCAAAUUUGAUGUCGAAGAACUGGAGUUGCCGAUGAUUGUCGGAAAGACCAGAUUAGGGUGGGAAACGAACAAGAACAUGGUUGUUGUCCAACUAGGUAAUCCUAUGGACUCUGGCACAAAGCAUUCGUUUGAUUUACGGUUCAAAAUAGUACGCGGUAGGACAGAAGGGAUUGGCAGACCACUCCAAUUUGCAGCCCUUGUUAACUCCACGUCGUUUGAGAUCAACGAAGACAAUGUUUGGAACUCUGAACUGCAAAUAAUUAAAAAAGCUGAGUUAGAGCUCAUCGGGACCAGUGAUCCACCACUCAUUCGUUUUGGUGGGGAAGUGAGAGAUGAGUCUUCAAUGGAUUUGGAAGAAGAUAUCGGAGUAAUGGUUCGUCACAAUUACACACUUCACAAUAGAGGACCAUGGACUGUUCGUAAUGUUCUCGCCAAGUUUGAUUGGCCUUACCAAGUCGUGUCAGCUCAAACGAAGCGGAAGUGGGCGCUUUAUCUCCUCGAUGUUCCAACGGUCACAAUACAUAAUACUGAUGGGACAGUAGACAUUAGAAGGUGUUCUGUUGAACGAAGGCUCGAAUUUGUGAACCCAUUGGACCACAUCAAAUUGAAUACAAAAUAUACUACACAGGAGACAUUUCCACCUAGACAAUCUAUAGGAAGACGUUUGAAGGUCUGCUUUGUAUAUCCACAAAUUUCCUGUUGGAGACAUAACUCUUUUCCUGGAUGCGCUGAAAAGACAGCCAAAUGCUUCACAGUGACUUGCCAUUUCGACUUCCUUGAUGCAAACUCGGCACCCGUUAUCGAUUUCCGAGCUCGACUGUGGAACUCUACAUUCAUUGAAGAUUAUUCUGAUGUAGAAUACGUUGAAAUAGCAUCUUUUGGGAAAAUAGAGGUAGAUGUAGCUCAAGGAAUUGAGGAUAAUCCAAGCAAUAAUGCAGUGAGCGCGAAAACAAUUGCAUAUCCGGAUCGGCCAACUCUUGGUUCACGCCCGGUUCCAUGGUGGUUAGUACUAGUCAGCAUGUUUCUGGGUCUUCUGAUUCUUUUUAUUUUGGUGAUGAUUUUGUGGCGCUGUGGGUUUUUCAAACGAAAGAAAUACGGUGAACCAAGUCUUUAUCGAGCUGAGUUACAGCAUGAACACGAACAAUGGAGUCAGUCUCAAAUGUAA